UGUAGAAGACUAUGACUGCGAUGUUCCAUCAGAAUCUCCUGCUGCUUCUAAUUCCUUGAGCCCAGUCAAAAUUUGACAUAAAAGUUUGCUUUCAAAAGAUAAGGGAAUGAUUAAGAAAGAUGAGUUUGAUAGGUUUAUGAGCUCAUUGGAGAAUCAGUUCACUAAAAGAUUUUCUUCACCUCAAAAGAAAGAUAAGAUUCCUUCUAAAAGUAAGGAGACAACUCCUCCAAAGCCAAUUUGGAGAUCUUAUCAAGUAAAGAAGCUCAAAUCUAUAAGAAAAUUUCAUACAAAGAAAGUGGAUUACUAUAAAAAUUGCCUAUCAAAAGGAAAAAUCCCUCAAUUCGGAAAAAUAAGAGUCUUUUCACCUUCAAAAAAUAAAAUAAAGAAAGUAAUCACCCAAAAAUCUCAUAAAAACACCAUCACUGUCCCUUUAAUAACAAUCAACGACAUCGAACCUGCAGUAGAACUUGACUAA